AAUUGAAACGUUCCUGAAACCCGCGUAAUGCAAUUGAACCGCCUAAAAAACCUUAGCCUAUCGAAACUCUCUUAAAGGGCUUUCUAAACCCUUUGAAACAAUUCCCUGGAACUCCCCUGAAGACCCUUAUACAAGCCACUUUUUUGGGCUCCCUGGCAAUUUUCAGUAAACUCCCUUUGCCCCAUCUAUUGCAUCAUAUUCAUUUUAUUUUGUAUGUCUCGAGCUCGCAGAAAAUCGAUGAUGGUCUUAUGUCAGUCAUAGCAAGUAGAGAGUUAAUGGCGUGUUAUUGUUGAGAAUUUCUUAUCACAAACGUGGUAUAAAUAAGAAAGUAAUGAAUGUUUUAAAAAUAUUCGUAAAUAUGACAUCGACACACAAUUUAGUUGGUUUACAAAAAUAACAGACAAAAAUGGAUGGGGAUUUACGUUAAUCAAGAGAGCAUCAUUACACUGCAGUGAUUCAGAUUGGCAGCAAGCGCUACGAAGCAAUGGCUGAUUUUCAUGUGCUCCUACUUUUCGGAACUAUCGUUAUGCUAAUACCAGUCAAUGUGCGUCCUCAAGGUGUUUUUGAUCAAGCAUGUGCUCUGGAAAAUGGAAAAGACGGUUUCUGUGUGACUGUACAUCAAUGCCGAGAUAAUGUCCUUAACGUCGAUGGAGCUGGAGUGGUCGAUCUACGCUUUCUUGACGAUUGCGAGAAUUACAUGCUGAAAUGCUGUUCAAUUGAAACGCCAUGUGAAGAUAAUGAAGGCACAUGUGUCGCGGCCAGCAACUGUGAUGCUGAUUUCAACAGCUCAAAGUACAGAUUGUUCAAAGAAUCGGAAGAAUGUGGGUGGAACAAUUAUAAAUGUUGUCCCAACGAAAGGAUUAGAAAGCAGACCAACUCGCCAAAGACGCAAUGUGGCUUUGAUUCUGUUUGCGUUUCCGAUGGAGAAUGCCUGGCUCCGCAACCGCGAUCUUCUGUUUGCAGUGGUUCACAAACGUGCUGUCCACGGAAUCGAGUUAGACAGCAUACGUCUAGUUCUUGCGAGGAGACUGGUGGUCAAUGUGUAAGACAAGGCCAGUGCUCUUCCGUUUUCGGAAUUAAUAUCCGAAUGGCGGCAGCAUGCGAACAACCAGGUUACGAGUGCUGCAUGGACUCUAUAGAAAUUGCAACAGAGGUGCCCGCUAAAGAGAAGUCUUGUGUUCGUGGUAGCGGAAAAUGUGUCCCAAGAAGAGAAUGUAAAGGAACCGUGUACAGGGAUCGUAAGAAUGAAUGUGAUGGAUUAGUCUGUUGCGCUGUUGAUACUGCCGUCACAUCAACCACCACUCGUAGGCCAGACACAACUGGAAAGGGAUGUAUCGAUAACAGUGGAGUAUGCACUACGAGAAAGCAGUGUAAAGGCACCGUAUACAGAGAUCGAAAUAAUGAAUGUGAAGGGCUAGUAUGCUGUGCAACAAUAACUCCAACGGUUGUAUUGCCUACCACUACUACACCUCGAUCAUCUGCAGGAAAGUCUUGUUUCAACAACGGAAAAUGUACUUUGAGGCAAGAUUGCAGCGGAGUCGUGUACAGAGAUCGACGAAACGAUUGUGACGGCUUAGUUUGUUGCGCAGCCUCAGAAACAGCAGUUUCUACAACUCCUCGGACAUUUCUCACUUCCACGACAACGCUUCAGCCAGUGAUAGCCGGGAAGCCUUGCCUUGACAACAGUGGAAAGUGUACUCGAAGGGAGGAGUGUAGGGGUACUGUUUAUGGAGAUCGCGAGAAUGAGUGCGGCGGUCUAGUGUGCUGUACAGAACCAGUCCGCACCUGUAGUUCAAUGAAGGGCAUAUGCGCAGCUGAGAGUAGUUGCCUGCGUAGAAGUACUAAUUCAGCUGUAGACUGUUCAUCGGAUACCGUAUGCUGCCUGGAAGUUGUAGUUGAAAUCAAAGAAUGUGGAUAUCGCAACGUACGCGGCGUUAAGUUCAACACUGUCAACCGCAACGAUGGCGAAUCGCAAUACGGCGAAUUUCCUUGGAUGGUUGCCCUCAUGACUGAGACUUCCGGUGAACUGAAAUAUUUUUGUGGUGGGUCACUAAUCCAUCCAGCAGUAGUUCUAACCAGUGCUGAAUGCCUGAGAAAAUAUCGCCGAACACCGAGCGUCGUGACCGUUCGUGCCGGGGAAUGGGACAUGGGCUCCGAACUAGAGCCAAUUCCGUAUCAAGAACGCCAAGUGAAGCAAAUUACAUGCCACAAGCAGUUCCAGCCUAAUACACUGUUGAAUAACGUGGCUCUUGCGUUCUUGGAAGACGGAUUUAAUCUGGGUCCUACAGUCAACACUAUUUGCUUACCACCUCAAAACUUCAGCGUCGAUAAUAGAGUAACUGGCAUGGGCUGGGGCACCACUCCUCGGAAUCGAAAGCAAUAUCAACAGAUUCUCAAAAGCAUUGAUCUGCCUUAUGCAGAUAGAGACGAUUGCGAACGAACGUUACGGAAAGCCUUAUCAAACCGAAAGUUCCAGCUUCAUUAUAGCUUCAUAUGUGCUGGAGGUGAGCCCGGCAUAGACACAUGCACUGGAGAUGGUGGAUCACCCGUAGUAUACUAUAUUCCCGAUGAUUUAGAGUUGCGGUAUUAUGCGGUUGGAAUGGUGUCCUGGGGCGUCGGAUGUGGAAGAUCUGGUGUGCCAGCUGCUUAUACAAAUAUCGGUGUUUUUAGAGACUGGAUAGAUAGACAAAUGGAAGAGGAAAAUUUUGAAAUGAGGCAUUAUGAAUACCGUCCAAAAGAUAUAGAAGAUUUAUAAGAAUAUAAUAAAAUAUGAAUUACAAGUAUAAAAU